AUGGAGAAGAGGGAAUCUGAGGAGGAAUCCAAAGUUUUUCAAGGUUAUGCAUCUUCUGGAGAAAAGGGAAGAGAAACUGGAGGCAAGAAUGACUUGAUGAGACCUGAAACACUAAAUUCUGAUGAAGCAUUGGUCAGCUGUCUCAAUAAUAAGCUGUCUAUAGGAAUACAUGCCAAUAGGAUGCAGACACAUUCUUUGGUGGCUUUGGCUGGGUCACAUUUGCAUAUUGAAGACCAGGAAAAUCAGUUGUCACCUGACCUGAAAUUUCCUCCCACUGCUGAACAGCCUUUGGCAUCAGGCCAAGAAACUCCUAAACUAGUGAGAACAUCACACUUGCCAUCAGCCACAGAUUCAGAAUUGCUGCACACACAUGACCCAGAUGAUGGAGAAGAAUUGAAGAGGAUGGUGAGGAGCAUUGCCAGAAGCAGAACAGAUGUGGAUCAGUAUUCAUCUCCUGUCAAUAAGAGCAAGUGUUGUGAACCCUGGGACCCUGAUCAGAUCAUGAAGCAGAGAAGGGCUGACAGGGCCAAUAAUCAGCUGGCAGAAUGCACAACAGAUGGCAGCACUAAUAGAGACUACAGUGAAUCAUCACCUGUGUCUGACCAAGUUGCAGUGACCAUUGUUUCAUCUGCUGAAAUUGCUCAAGCUGGGAUCCCAAGCCGCACUUUCCAAGUGGACAGGCCUGAGUUCACCCAAGAAGAUUUGAAUGGCGCUUCUGCUUUCUUGGAGCCUCAAUCAUCAGAAAACAGGGUUCCACCAAAAAUUCUUCACAGCAAAGGAAUCACUGAAGAUCACCACAGAGAAGAAGCUGGGCAAACAGGGCCUAAUUCUGAUUACAGCAGUGAAGAUGACAGUACAAUGAAGGUGGACAGGCCUGAGUUCACCCAAGAAGAUUUGAAUGGCGCUUCUGCUUUCUUGGAGCCUCAAUCACCAGAAAACAGGGUUCCACCAAAAAUUCUUCACAGCAAAGGAAUCACUGAAGAUCACCACAGAGAAGAAGCUGGGCAAACAGGGCCAAAUUCUGAUUACAGCAGUGAAGAUGACAGUACAAUGAAGCCAAACAAGUCUCUGAGGACAGUGGCAUCAACUGAGAGAUUUUCUUGUGCCAGACCAAGGAGUCAUGUCCACUUCAAGCAUCCAGACACAGUUAUUGAAGUUGAUGGAGAUGAUUUAUGCUGGAGCUGUAAUUCUGAGGACCUUGAUUUUGACCAAAAAACCAGAUGGCCCAGCCCAAGAACAUGUUCAAAUGAUGAUGAUGAUGAUGAAGAUGAUCAGUCUUCUGGAGCUGCUGAUGACAGCAGUAGGGUCUUGGUGCUUGAAAAGGAUAAGAACUCUUCUGAACUGAACUUCAGGUACUGCAAAAAGAGCAAAACCUCUUUAAAAGAGACUUCUGCUGGAGAUGGAGCAGCUUUCCAUGUGGACAUCAACUUAGUGUGUGAAAAGGACUUAAAACCAGAAAAAAGUGAGGACUCAGAGGAAUGGCAUCAAGAGGAUGUCAGUGAGCUGUUGACAGAAGCUGCUGCUUUGGCAGAUACAAUGACAAUCAAUCUUGAUGGAAGCCUACAUCCAGACAAUCAGCAAGACCCCUUUUUGAGAAACUCUUUGCUCAACUUUGGCAGCAACAGGGCUUCUUCAGGAAUGGACUCUCAUGUACUUGGCAACUUUCCUGCUGGAGAUGAUGACUUCCAUCCCACCAGGACUUUGCUCAAUAGACCUGAGAGGUUAGCAACAGUUGGUUUGACUUCAUGUGAGUUGAAGAUGAAGCCACAGCAGUUAUUCAACCAUGGUUACCAUUAUCCCCAAAAUCCUGGACAAUGUGGUCGUCAGUUGCUUCUAGCCAGACGUCUGCAGCAGCAGAGAAAUUUGCAGCAAGAUUACAGACAUUUGCACAGGAGGGAAAGAUGUGUAUCUGGAAACAGCUACUGGGAAUCCCCUGAAAGCUCCAGCAGUAGUUCAAGCUGUGCAGCUGUUGCAGACUUCACCCAAAAGUCCUCUGGAGAAGCUGCUUCAAGUUCCUCAGACACUGGUGCCAUCUUGAGUCCAGAUGACAUGACAACCACAGAAAAGACAAUGAGGGCAGCAUUGUCAAGAUUUUCCCUCAAGAAAAGCUUGGCAGAGGAGGACUCAACCUUACAAAUGAUGUCCACUGCAAAGUUUAUGGAGUGGUCUAGUUGUAAAGUAGACAAUAAGACAAAUGACAUGCCUUGUUCAGGGACCUCAACUUCUCAGGACUCAAUAGUGCACAACUUCAGCCUAUCCCAACAUGACACACACAAUAAUAAUAAGUCCUUGCAUUCAGCCAAGGCUAAAAAUACUGAGAAUAUCUCAGCUUUGCAUUUGGAGGACAGCAAAGAUUCUUUGCUGGGUCCUGCUGCUGGGCUUUUGCAAUUAAUGCCUGAGAGAACUGACAGCAGAACAGUCUUAAUUGAACCAGAAGAUGACUCUGAAGAGAAGGAAUCUGACCAUUUACCUCUUUGGGCAAUUGUUAUACUAGUCAUAUUUUUCCCAUUUGGCAUCCUCGUUUUGAUAUACCGCAAGUUGACGUCGAAGAAGCCUCCGCGGGAUUCGAAGGUGUCGCCAAGAGUCAGUCAGGCGAACAUCACUCCGUUGCCGAACACAGCUCACAUGCAGCCGAUCAGCGAACAAGUCAGCCAGAGACAGAGAAGAAUCGAAAUAAGUCGUUCUCUGCAAAGUUUCAGACGGAAACUGAAGCCAGUGAAGGAUUUAAAAGAAGAAGAAUGCUUUUACGAUGACAACUAUUCCGGUGAUGGUGCAAAGCUGCUGGCACCCACAGGCAGAAGUCGGAAAUUAGCGAGUUUCUCCGCAUCUAAUACUGGGGAUUCGGGAUGCGUUCAGAUGACACUAAGAGCUUUUACGAUGACAACUAUUCCGCUGCUUCACCCUCAGCAUCAACUUCUGCUGUCUUUCCAGGCUUGCUUCAAUGACCAGUUGUGUUGGGAAGAAGGAAAGAAAGAAAAGAUCAUGGCGUCUGCUCGAGGGGGCGCAUCAGGAGCUAGUGUAACUUGGCGUGCGUGGACUGUGAUAUUCGGCGGAUUCCUCGUUCAUUUGACUCUCGGAACCAUUUACACUCUCGGGAACAUAACAUCUUACCUAACGUCCUAUAUACGAUUGCGGGUGGAUCCAACAUUCACUUACGAAGCCGCAACAUGGAUUUACACUUGCAACAUGAUGGCCAGAGGGUGGUUUCCUGGAAGAAAAGGACUGGUGACUGGCAUUAUUGUUGGUGGCUUUGGACUAGAUGAGGAGAUUUUGGACAAAGUGCCAAUUCUGUUCCAGCUUCUGGGUGGGAUUUAUGCUGUCCUACAAUUGAUUGGCUGUUUCUUGCUUCGAAACCCAGGGGAAAACUUGAAGGUGGAAAAACCGGAAGUGAUGGAAGAACUUGAAGGUUUAAAUAAUGAAGCAGUUGACGAGAGUCCAAAACCAGAGGAACCCAGCAAGCCAAGAGUGAACAUCGGACCCAGGGAUAUUUUGAAGACAAAGGAAUUUUACAUGCUCUGGUUCACAUUCUUCUUCAAUCAACAAGCAAUUGGGUAUAUUACAACGUCGUACAAGACAUUUGGACAAGGUUUCAUUGAUGAUGACUGGUUUUUAUCGAUUAUUGGAUCAAUUGGGUCCGUUUUCAAUUCUGUUGGACGGAUGUUCUGGGGUUGGACCGCGGACAAGACUUGUUACAAGACCACAAUGUUGCUCGUGACAGCGUUGCUCGCCAUUUUCUUCGCGACACUUCCAUUGGCCGAGUACGGAGGCAAAAUCACGUACGUUCUAUGGGUCAUCGGCAUUUUUUCGUCCAUGUCUGGAACAUUUGCUUUGUUGCCUCUGGCAACUUGUCAGACCUUCGGGCAGAAGUUUACGGGACCCAAUUAUGGACUGGUGUUCACAAGUGCAAUUUUGGGACCACCGCUGCAAUCACUCACUGCUCAGUUGCUCACUGACAUCAUUGGAACAACGAAACUUUUGCUUCUAACUGCUGGGUUCGCUGUGAUCAGUUUCCUAAUAACGUGGUGUUUCAGCAAGACCCCGAAUCCAGAGGAAAUACUGAACGGGAAAACAUCUGACAAUGUGGAAAAUGCUUCUGCCGCUCGUGGUUCCUCUGCUCCUUCCGAAUCUCCUCCUUCAACACCUCAGUCAUCUCAGCCAACUUGGCAUUCGUCUCCUCAGAGUCGUUCAACAGCGACGUCAAAUGAUUCGCCUUCUUCCGCAACUCCGCAUUCGACACCUUCAAUUCCCUCACCAACUCCUCCUGCUCCUCAAACCGUUUCAUCGUGUCACCAGUCGGAUUCGACUCUCUUCUCCUCCUCCCGGAAAACUUGUCAUACUCCGCCUCAUUGGAAUUCAGCAGCUGGUCCAAAGGCAUCAACUUUGUGGGACUCGUCGCGGAAAGCGAGGAAACGCCGCCGUGGAUGA